CAUUUUGAGUCACGUGAUCUAUCAUGUGAUAAGAAACUUAUGCAACCUGAGGAGUUCACGUACUGUAAACUUGGCAAAAGAAAUUCGAAUAGAAGCAGGAACCGAGUCUGUUCGUGGUUUGUACAACACCGAGUGAAAAUCAUGCUUGCCCUAUCAGCCCUUCUUGUUUUGUGUGUCGCUUCCGGUGUUUUUUGCGGACCAUUUCAUGCGUCUUGUAAAGUUGACUGGGAAACAACCGGAAAGUGUAGUGCAGUUCAAACAAAGAUUGUGAACCAGAUUAAAGCAUGGAAUGGACAAUCUGGUUGUGAUAAUGGAGGUGAAAAAUGUCUUUACAGUCUUGUUUCACAGUCCAGCACUCAAGUUAAAGCUAUGCAUGAAACCCCUGUAAAACAUUACAAAGAUGAUCUGACUUUCACCUUCUCACAAAAUGGCAAUGUUUGUCAAAUUCAUGGUUACAGUAGAUCUGAAACUUGGUAUGCUGUCUUGGAUUAUGGUACCAACUACUGUAACUUACAUAAUCUCAUCACAGGAGCAGGAGUAGACAAGAUGGCGGGCUACAAGGAAACUACCAGUGACUCCACCUGUACACAAUUUAGUUCUGCUGAUUGUUCAAAAUAUUAAAUAUUGCAUUAAAAAAUAUCUCUACCUGUCCAAAUUACAUAACAACAAUACUUUAAUUAUAAAUGACUUUAUGCAAAUCAGAAUAAUUUGUGGUCAUUGAUCCGCCUUUAAUCCUAAUUAUUAGAUAUGGUAAUUUAGUAAAUAUAAGCUCUUGAAUAAGAUCCCUGGAUAUUGUCACUAACCAUCACAUGUCAGCUUUUGUAAAUACUUUAAUUAUUAUGUCAGUUAAAAUCUUGUGUCGGCUCAUGAAAAUACUUUAAAUCUUAUGUUGGCCCAUGGAAGUACUUUGAAUAUCAUGUUGGCUCAUGGAAGUACUUUAAAUCUCAUGUCAGCUCAUGGAAAUACUUUAAACCCCAUGUCGGCCCAAGGAAAUUCUUUAAAUCUCAUGUCGGCUCAUGGAAACUCGUUAAUAUUCAUGUCAGCUCAUGGAAAUACUUUAAACUCCAUGUUGGCUCAUGGAAAUACUUUAAUUCCCAUGUUGGCUCAUGGAAAUACUUUAGACCCCUUUGAGAAGCUGACGGCUACAUGUCUUGUCCCCAUAUGUUUAUAUUUAUUGGUAAUAAUCAAGCCAAGUAUAAUCCACAGAUCAAUACACAUCUUUACCUGAAAUUAACUGUAGUACACCAGAAAGCAAUGGUUCUCCAAAUCCAAUUUACAAACAAAAUGUGUUCUGUAGCAGUUGCAGAUUACAGCAGAUUUCAAAUCCCACUUGAAAGGUUUUGGGGUUUAACAUUCUAAUGAUAUGCUCCAACUGAGCUAAUGAAGAUAGGACUGGACAGUGGCUCUAUAACAAUUUCCAACUGCCAAGGGUUCUUUUGCUUGCACACAUUGUGUACACGGGACCUCAGUUUUUCGUCCCAUCUCAACAACUAUGUAUUGUCCCUCGCCAAAUUCUGCUGGAAAAUCAAGAUGAAUUUUCCCCAGCCAACACAGGGAUCGAGCCAAUGCCUUAUACACUGAGCCACCGCGACUCCAAAUUGUAAAAUAAAGAUUAAAUCAUGUCACUAUGUAAAUAAAUGUAGGAUAAAAUAAAUGUUUAUAAUUUUUAUAUAACAGGUUUCUACAUAAAUAAUGCUGUAUAUAUUUUUUUGUGUAAAAAAUAAAUAAAUCUUAUGUCAUUAA